AUGGAUGACAGCGAGCGUUUUGAAAUUAGAAGCAUCACUCAGCAACACACCUGCAGUGUUAACGCUAGAGGUGACUUCCACAAACAAGCAACAACUGCGGUUAUUGGAAGGCUGAUGAAGACACAGUAUGUCGUCGUCGGUAGGGGACCGCGGCCAAAUGAACUCCGGAAAAUGCUUCGCCAAGAGUUCAGCCUGAAUGUAUCAUAUUGGAAGGCACGGAGGGCGAGGGAAAUUGCGAUGGACAAUGCCAUGGGAUCAGCCAUAGGAAGCUUCGCAUUGGUUCAACCAUAUUUCCAGCUGCUCUUACAAACAAAUCCAAACUCAAACGUAUCCCUUGAAACGAAAUUGGAUAGCAAUGGAGUUGAUCGGUUUAAAUAUCUCUUCCUGUCACUACACGCAUCAAUCCAGGGAUACACGUACAUGAGGAAGGUAAUUGUCAUAGAUGUUACACACCUACGAGGCCAAUAUGGAGGCUGUCUCCUUGCUGCAAGCGCCCAGGAUGCAAACUUCCAGGUGUUUCCUCUUGCCUUCGCGAUAGUGAACAGCAAAAACGACGAUGCCUGGACGUGGUUCUUACGCAAGAUGACGGAAGUUGUGCCAGACGAAGCAGACCUCGUGUUUGUGUCGGACAGGCACUCUUCCAUAUACGCAAGUAUACGUCAGAACUGGUAUUCGGUAUCUGAGUUAGACAUAGGCCAGCUUGACUAG